AUGGCUAACCGUCGUGGACGCCCAAAGAAGAUUCUGGUGGAUGAUAAGGCAGAAGAGGACUUUGAUUUUGCUUUGUCCCAGGAGUCGGAGGAGCAACGGACAUCGGCAUUGUUAGAGGCUGUUCAAAAGCAGUAUACGGCCGACCUCGAAAAGAAAAGAGCCCGAAGGGAGAAAGCUUUUUUAGACCGCGCUGAGAAAGAGUUAAAUAAAGAGACCGCCGAAACAGCAAAGAUAGUUCAAGAUGCCAUGAAUGAGCUAGAAGAAUUGUAUUCGAAAUUUUUACUCGAUUAUGCUGCCAAAGAAGACAAAAUUCGAAAGCUAUGGUCAUACAUUCAAAAGGAAGAAGAGAACUUGAUAAACCUGCUGGAGAAAAGAGCAAAAGAAGACCAGGAGGUUGUGCAAAAGGCUUCUGUGGGGCAACUAUCCGGUUUGUCCAAGAUAAGAAUAGCUUGUAAUGCGUCCCAGAUGGCAAUCGAUCGUUUCAGGAAUCCGGGUCAAGAAACGUUGAAUCGAAAAAAUCGAUCGUGA